AUGGAACAAGAAGAUGAUGAUAUAGAUGGAAUUGAGUGGGAAGAACACGAUACGACGACUGCUGACAACAACAAUGAAGAUGGUGAUGACAACUUAAUGGAUCACGAUACUCUUGGUGGUGGAGACCUAGAUCUUGGCAGUCUUGAUACUGUCACAACAACCUCAUCGCUCACCUCUUCCGCAGCCUUCCUAGGCUCGUUGUCUUCCUCUACAACCACAACGCCCCCUGCCACACUUGACAAUGAUGACUCAAUGGACAUAUUGAUUGACUUUGAGAAGAAAGCCAAGAAGCCUGCAAAAACAUUCUUUGAGAAGCAGUUGAUCAAGAAGGAGAAGCAUGAGACGUUGAACCUUCACAAGUCUAUCAUAUUGUCUCACAUUGUCAACUUUAGAUACACUGCCAGAAUCCUUGACAACAAUAUGUUGCUUCAUUCAUUGGUCCUCUCUCUUAUUCCACAUCCAUUCUUCAUGUUUAUCAAUCAAAGUGGCACACCAUCAUCAUCAGACUCUCAUCAAACUCAAUCACCUCUCUCAUUGCUACUACCUGAUCUACUUGAUUGGUUCCAUUCAAUCUUCAAGAUUGAUCAUUCACACAAGUUGCCAUCAUUGUCAAUCAAUGGAACAAACACCAACAUCAACAACGACAACAACAACAAUAACAACAACAACAAUGAGGUGAUUGAUGUGGACAAACUUGCGUUAAAGAAGAAGAAGAAGUUACCUGGAUUGGUGGCAUUGUUGGUGGAUCAGUUACGUUCGGGCAUUCUAUCACCUCACAGCUUUACUCAGCUGUUCUAUGUAGUUUGCAAGCUCAUUGGAGUACCAGACUGUCGCCUUGUUGUUGCCAUCAAGACACCAAUGGCAACACCAAUCACUCCAACCAAACAAAGACAGUUAAAGUCAUCAUGUGAGAUGAAGGAGCGCAAAGUGCAGUCACCAAAGAGAGAGCGCAAACCAAAGAAGGAGGGAAAGCAGUCAAAGAAGGUGGAUGACGAUGGGGAUGAGGCAGAAGAGACUGAUACAAGUUCAAGUGAAUCAGAGCCAAGUGAUAGAGAUGUGAGUGACUCGGACCAUUCCGAUGUUGACUCAGAUGUCAGCGACUUCAUUCCAGCACCAAUCGUUACAAAGAGACAACAAGCAAUGAUACUAAAGAGGCAAGCAUCAGCAGCAACCGCCACACCUCAGACCACUCCAUCCAAGAAGUCACCAAAGAAAAGGGUGGCACCAGAGAGCGAGUCUGAGUCAGAGUCUGGCUCAGAGUCAGAGGAGCAGUCAGACUCACAGCAAGAGAGUGAGGAUGAUGGUAAGAGGAAGAAGAAGGUCAACGCGAAGAAGGGGAAGCAGCAGCAACAGAAGAAGAAGGUGAUGACAAAGAAGAAGGGCGCCAAGGAAGUGACAAAGAGAGUGUCGCCAACAAAGAAGCUGAAGGUUGAGCCUGUCAAGCAACAGAAGGCUGCUGUGGAGGAAGAGGAGCCAAAGACAACGCCAAAGCCAAAGAUCGAACCAAAGCCAGAACCAUCUUCAGAGUCCGAUCACUAUGUUGACAUGUGGUGUGAGUUGUUGGACAACCAGACACAACAAUGGGUUGUGGUGGACGUUGUCAACAGGAGGAUACAGAAGCCACAUUUGCUGGAACCAAAGAACAACCCAUUCUCCUAUGUAUUUGGAUUCAAUCAGGAUCAUGUCAAGGAUGUCACAUCAAAGUAUACAAACAACUAUAUUGGCUCAAGAUUGAAACGAAUGCCAACUGGUCCAGCCGUCCAAUGGUACAUCGAUCUCAUGGAGCCUCUCAAUCCCCACACAGACAGUCCAGCCAACAAACAAGAGGACCUGGAUAUCGCCAAGAAGGAGUCAGUCGCUCCCGUUCCACAAAGCUUUGCUGGCUUCAAGUCACACCCAGUAUACAUAUUGGACAAAGAUAUACCAAAGUACUGUGCAGCUGACCCACAAGCCAAACCACUUGGCAAGUUCAAGGACAACAGCUACUACCAUCGCUCAACUAUCAAGACAUUGCAUGUGAUGGACAAGUGGAUACAAGCAGGUAGGAUGAUCAUGGAUGGAGAGCAACCAGUAAAGGUGGUGAAAGGGCGCUCAGCCUCGUCGCCACACGCACAGUUGUUUGGCGAGUGGCAGACAGAGGUGUAUCGGCCGCCAAAGAUCAUCAACGGAUACGUACCGGUCAACACAUUUGGAAACGUCAACAUGUUCAAACCAGAGAUGGUGCCGAUUGGUGGCGUGCAUCUGAAGCAGCGUGGACUGGUCCGAGUCGCCAGGAGACUGAGCAUCUCGGUCGGUCCAGCCAUCGUGGGCUGGGAGGUUGGUCGUUGUCACUCACACCCAGUCAUCCAAGGUGUGAUCGUGGCGCGAGAGAAUGCCAAGCUGCUAAUCGAGGCAUGGAUAGAGGAUCACAGGAACCGACUCAAGGAGGUCAAGAGAAAGAAGCAAGAGGCCAUCGUCAAUCGCUGGAAGUCAUUCUACAAGGCACUACUUGUCAAAGACUAUGUCCAAUCGACCUAUGGCAAAGAGGACAUAUCCACCACUCAUCGACUAGUCAGUGAGGAAGAUGACCAACCUUUACAAAGCAUUAUUACCUACUCAUCCGACUCAACAUCAUUAUCCAACAGCAAACAAGUCACUCAAACACCUACAUCCACGCCAACAUCCACGCCCACAAAGACUACACAAUCAUCUCCAACGACAACCACGACGACAACUACAACUACGACUACUGCCAAAACUUCAACAAAGACAACAACAUCCAAUAUAGAAGAGGACGAGUAUGAUGACCCAGACUUCACCCCAGCGAUCAUACACAAACCAUUGAGCAAAGGAAUCAAGAGUAGAAGAACGAAGUAG